CACCUGCCGUCUAUUUCUAUUAUUGUUUUCUGCAAUUAUAGUUUUUAAAUUUUUUAAUUAAUUAAAUAUUUUUCGGAAUUCUUUCUUCGCAGCGAAGAAAAUUUUGAAGAAAUUUCUCCGUAAUUCGUUGAAUCUUUAUACGUACGGGAACCGUCGCUGCCGCCGGUUUCCGGCGCUUCUCCGCUUCUCCGCCUCCCUUUCUUUCUCUUCUCUUCAUCUCCUUCUCACCGGCAAUGGAGGAAGAUAACUUAACCCGCCGAAAACCCUAAUUUCUUCUUCGAUAAUGGCGGUAGUUACAGGGGAUCGGUACCUCGACUAUCUGGUGAAAUUCGUGGAGCAGAACGCGGAGAUGCUCCUUGAGGGGUCGCUGACUUUGAAGCUGAACCCCGUGGGACUCCACUAUGUGCAGUCGCGGCUGGAAGCGUUGGAGGAGCUUGAAGGACUCCUCGCCGGUGCGCCGGUGGAUUAUCUACGCGCCUAUGUUUCGGACCUGGGAGACCACCGCGCGCUUGAGCAGCUGCGGAGGAUAUUGGGCCUUCUCACCUCGCUGAAGGUGAUCUCCGUGCUUCCGCAGCCGGCGCGCGAUCCGACGCCGCUUUCGCUUCAGGCUUUUGGUCGUCUAAGGGUUCUCGAGCUCCGUGGAUGUGAUAUAUCGACGUCUUCUGCACAGGGGCUGCUGGAGCUCCGCCAAACGCUCGAGAAGCUUAUUUGUCAUAAUUCCACUGAUGCUCUGAGGCAUGUUUUAGCAAGUAGGACUGCGGAUAUAAAGGACUCGCCGGUGUGGAGCCGUCUGAAUUUUGUUUCGUGUGCUCAAAAUAGAUUGGUUUUAAUGGACGAGUCGUUGCAGCUGCUUCCUUCUGUGGAAACUUUGGAUCUGAGCCGGAAUCAAUUUGCAAAAGCUGAUAAUCUUGGCAGGUGCUCAAAAUUGCGGCACCUGGAUCUUGGUUUCAAUCACCUUCGGAACGUCGCAUGUUUGAGUCAAGUUUCAUGUCCAAUAGUUAAGCUUGUUUUAAGGAAUAAUGUCUUAACUACGUUGCGAGGGUUAGAAAACCUGAAGUCUGUUGAAGGUCUCGAUCUUUCCUGCAAUCUCAUUUCCAGUUUCUCAGAGAUGGAGAUCCUUGCAAACCUUCCUUGUCUCCAGAAGUUAUGGUUGGAGGGAAACCCUAUAUGCUAUGCUCGGUGGUAUCGAGCAUACGUUUUUAGUUUCUUCUCUCAUCCAGAAAGUUUGAUAUUAGAUGAUAACAGUAUCAGCACAAAAGAGUACUGGGAAAGACACAUCAUUUAUACAAGCAGAAAGAAGCAACCUCCCGCUUUUGGAUUUUAUUUUCCAGCAGAAGAUCAUACUGUAGAAGAUUUUAGCAGCGCACAUUCAAACAAAAAAAAAUAUUCUCGUUUAGCAAAUAUUGAGGUUGAAGAGCAGAGGGGGCUUCAUUGCGUGGAAGGUAUUGAACAAGAUUCAUUGUCUUGUGAGAGUGAUGUGCUGAGGAAGGAUGAGACUGCCAUCUCAGAUGAUGAGUCAAAAAUACUUGUUCUGAUGAAUAAAGCCGAACAAAUGAAAAAGGAAAGAUCCGUUCUUUGGCUGCGAGACUUCAAGGAUUGGAUGAAUCAGUGCUCUGAAGUCAUAACUGACAGAAAUCAACAGACAGAUUUUAAACUAGAUGCUCAGAGUGAGCAAAAUAGGGAACCAUUCACAGACACAAAAUUCGGAGAGAGCUCGCAUUAUGCUAACAAUCCGACAAGGUUAGCGUAUUCCAAUAUUUCUGAUACUGGUAUUUUUGAUAAAAAUAGUAUAACACCUGUGGAAAAUGAUGAAAAAUGUUUUGCAACUGGUUUAAGAUCUCAGGAAGUCAUUUCAGAGCAAGAUCAGAUGGAGGAUGAUUUCAGGAAUCCAGAAAAUCUUUCUCCUUUAGCAGAAAUUGACAAGUCAAGUAUCAAUUAUUCAGCAGUUGGUGGAAGUGAAUGUUCAGAGCUAGCAAUUAACUCUGGGUCAUUGACUGCAAUUGAUGAGAUUAUUGGAUCCCACUCAUCCUCCAUAUAUCCUGGGUCACCACCGCAAUAUCGGCAGGACAUGUUACAUCGUCGUCUUGAUCUAGAGGAAGAAUUCCUACAACUUUCAACUGAGUCUCAUUCUGAGGAAUUGUCAGAUAGUGAUACCAGCUGUAGUGAUGAUGAAUUAAGUGUAGUCGGUAUAUCAAUGAGUGAAAAUGAUUUGUCAUGUAUUCAAGGUUCUGCCUUGGAGUCUUCAAACCUUAUGGCCUUUCAUGUUAAUAGGCCUAUUGGGAAUGAGCAUAAAGAAUCAUAUCCCUCGGAAAGAACUAUAUCUUUGUGUGAGCAUCGUACCAAACUUUUUAAUGGUUGUAGUGAAGAAGCAUCAUCCAUAAACAAUCAUGUAGACGCUGCUGAUUGCUACACUAACCCACAUCUAAAUCAAGGUGCUGGAGAUAUUGAGGGAAUAAGUUGUAAACAACAACUUAAGAGGGGACUUGUUUCUCUUUUUGGGAACUUGUUGGCAUGUAAUAGUCGAUCAGAAUGCGAAAAGGUUAAUGGAGAUGUGGAAUCUCACAGAGUUGAGCAGGGCCAGUCAAGCUGUUGUGCAAUUGGUCUCAGUUCUGGUAGGUUGAAUGAUGAAGUUCUGCGACAGAAAUAUGGAGCAGAAACAGUUGCUGUUUUCAAAUUUGUUCAAAACAAGCGGAGUGAUUAUAUAAAGGAUUUAUUCAACUCAAAUAUUGCGGAUUCUGAAGCUUCUGAAACAUGUCAACAAAUUGUUUUUUGUGGAUGCAUAUACCAGCAUGGAUUAGUUUCGUAUGAGAGUGAAGCAGCUUUACUGAGGACCUGUAAGAACAAAUUAUAUAUGCUACUACUUGAUAAAACAGAUGAUGGGUUAGAUAUUGUUUCUAGAGUUCCAGGAUGCUACGGGCUUGGUGAAAUUAGGGAAGUUGUUGCAGGCCUUGGACUGCAAGCUUUGAGGGUACGUAUGCAGGGGGAUGCAACACAUUUGUUCUUAACAAGAACAGUUGAUAUAUCUAAAGAUUUAUUUAACCUAUUACAAGUAUAUGAUUCAAGCACAUCAACUGCUAAAUGUUCUUUAAAAAGUUGGGAACAAGUUCAGUCUGACUUACUAGAGAAAUGUAUCUCUGGAAGUUUGAGUGGAGGAAUAUAUUUCUACUCGAUGAUUCUUCUCUGGAAAGACAAAUGCAAUGGAAAAUCAUGGCUGUCGAGAUCCUUGUUUGUAAUUGAAGGGUAUGUUAUUAUAUGCAGUGAGAACCUCAUCCAAUUUGGCUCAUCGUGGGAUUGUCUUGGAACCCCACCUUAUUACUCUCUUGAUUCAAUCUGCCCCAUAAAAAACAUAUUGGAAGUGGUCAUAGAAUCAGCAGAGGAUAUCAAAGUUUUGACUUUGACUGCAGAAAAUGUUCCUCAUGGAAACAUAUUUUUGGAGGAUAAUAAGAGAGGGAAUCAUCAACAAAAGAAUCGAAGGAGUUGUACGUGGAAACUGAAGUGGUUCUCUGAAGAUUAUAUGAUGAGAUUUGUGACGCUGCUGAAGGCGAUGCGUUCGGGCUUGUCUGCAACCACUCUGCAUGUAAAGUAUGCUUCUUGAUCGGUAGUAUGUCAAUUUUGCAUUUUUAUUCAAUUUAUUCUUUUCAUUUUUACUUUGUGAUUAGUUUUGUACAGUUACUUUUUUGUGUCUAGCCUUUUUUUUUCCCUUCUUCUUAUGUGGGUGAAGCAUUUUUCGCCCUUUGUAAGUGUACACGUGGUGUUAGAGAAAUAGAUUGUAAAUUCAGUAUUGUUUUUGCAAUUGAGAAAGGGUGGAUCAGUUUGUCACCUGCAAUAUGUAUAUAAAUU